AUGAAGAUACGCAGCGUGACUAAAAUGAAGGGCAAGAAACACACGGGCUAUUGGAAAUGGGGCGAGAUAUACGCACUGUUAUUUCCUGGAAAGGUGGUACCAGAGGAGAGAUAUGUAACUGUCACUGCCAUAUCUCAACUAUCCACAGAGGCACAGGUUGGAAGCAGGAAUCCCCGUGGUCCUGGACAGGAUCCGUUGGGUGAUGAUCCUGGCGAGCAAAGGAAACGUCGACCUGAGCUCCGGAGACAGACGCUAGACUUUCGGCCUCUACCAAACAACAGGAUGGAUGAAGUGCGACGCGACGAGAGUCAAAAGAUUGUUGAAGCAGUUCUCGCAGAGUGCUCGUCUCGGAUCUUCCGGUUGGCCGCCUCAACCGAUGCCCCUCUUGUUAGCCAAUAUCCCCCUUGUGCUAGCGAACAAGGGCAGCGUCAAUCUGAGCCCUGGAGGGAAGAGUUUGGGUACCGACUAGUCAGUAGGAUAGACGAAGUACUAAGAGACGAGAGCCAAGCCAUUUUCCGAGCUGUUCUCGCAGAGCAACCUCAGCGCUGGCAACAAGAGUUUCGGCACAGGCUGCACGGCAGGAUAGAAGAAGUCCAGAGAGACGAGGGCAGAGGAAUCCUUCCGAAGGUUCUCACGGAGCACCCGUCGUCUCUUGUCUUCCUGCAGGACACAUCAGCCGACCUAUCCUCACUUCCAACGUCAGCGUAUUCCAACAGGGGAUGCAACAGCCUUCACCCCCAUUUGGGGCACUGGCAGACAGAUCCAGAGCGCUACAACGAGCAACGCUUAUUCUUGGGGCCUGAGUAUGGCCGUAGUAGGUGCCCAUCCACCGUGGACUCACGAUGUGAUGAGAGCAGCACUGUUGAGGUGGCAUCUUACUCCGGUUCCGUGUCGCCCUCGGCAAUGAGAUUCUAUCCAAUGUGGCUAUAUCCGGCGAGCAGCAACCAACUCGAUCAAGGGACACAAACUUACGCCUACCAGGCCUCGCGUCCUGACGGUAUUCAGAACUCGAUAUCCACCCCUAGCGGGAUGAUCCCAUCGCCCGCGCCAGGGUUGUUAGCAGUCAGUAACAAUACCGACAUAUCGGCUGACUGGGACAUAGAAGCAUAUGAGUUUUGA